GUGAAGCGGAAGCCAUUACUCUCGGGAGGCGACCACUGCGGGCACGGCUCAUGGGCGGCGCGGGGCCAGUCCAGAGUGUGUCCGCGGUCCCCCAGGGCGAGAGAGAUCGUCCUAGGAACUUUUCUUCGCUUUGGAGCCCCGAUUCUGCCGCCAGUCUUACGUCAGCGUGACGAGUCUUGGGAACUCCUGGGCUGCCCCUCAGUGCCAGCUUGUCUGCGUGUCCCCACGAUGGCAGCGCUGGGUCUGCCACCCCCGGCUGCACCGCCCACCCGGGCCCCCACCUGGAUCCGGAAGACAGAAAUUCCGCUUCCUUCCGGAGACCUUUCCUGCCCCCAGGACGGCAGGCUGUUUGCUUACAGCGGCCCAGAGCCCCUGAAGCCAGCCAGCAUUGGCUCCCAGGGAGCCCUGACUUUCCAGGAUGUGGCCGUGGACUUCACCGAUAAGGAGUGGCCCUUGCUGGACUCGGCCCAGAGGAAGCUCUACAAAGACGUGAUGCUGGAGAACUACAGCAACCUCGCCUCCGUGGGGUACCACCUGGGCAAGCCCAGCCUCAUCUCACACUUGGAGCAAGAGGAGGAGCCGAGGGCCAAGGAGCAGGGGGAUCAGCCCGGCGCCCGUCCGGAUUGGGGGGCCCCCUCCAAGUCCCGCUGGGCCCUUCUCAUGGAAGACAUUUUCGGGAAGGAGACCCCUGGCGGUGUGGCGGAGGCUGGCGCCGAUCCCGCGGGGCAGCCCCGCAGCUACGCCCCGCUGUUGGGCGCGAGCCCCGACCUCCCACGCAUCGCCGCCGCCGCCCCCCAGCACCCCGGCCAGAACGCGGACCUUAAGCCCCUACCGGCGGCCACGGGGGCGGGCGCCUACGCGGGCCGCAAGAUGCACGAGUGCCAGCAGUGCCGCAAGGCCUUCACCACCAGCGCCUCCCUCACCCGCCACCGGCGCAUCCACACGGGCGAGAAGCCGUACGCGUGCGGGGCCUGCGGCAAGGCCUUCAACGACCCGUCGGCGCUGCGCAGCCACGCGCGCACGCACCUGGCCGAGAAGCCGUUCGCCUGCGGCCAGUGCGCGCAGGCCUUCCGCACGCUGUCGGCGCUGCGCAUCCACACGCGCGUGCACACGGGCGAGCGGCCCUACCGCUGCGAGCAGUGCGGCAAGGCGUACGGCCGCAGCUGCCACCUGGUGGCCCACCGGCGCAGCCACACGGGCGAGCGGCCCUACGCGUGCCGCGAGUGCGGCAAGGCCUUCCAGCACCCGUCGCACCUCAAGGAGCACGCGCGCAACCACACGGGCGAGAAGCCCUACGCAUGCGGCCAGUGCGGCCAGGCCUUCCGCUGGAAGUCCAACUUCAACCUGCACCGCAAGAACCACGCGGCGCCGCGGACCUACGCGUGCCGCGACUGUGGCAAGGCCUUCGGCGACCCGCGCGCCCGGCGGCGCCACAUGCGCGCACACAGCGUCAAGAAGCCCGUGGAGUGCCACCAGUGCGGCAAGGCCUUCCGCAACCAGUCGGUGCUGAAGACGCACAUGAACUCGCACACGGGCGAGCGGCCCUUCGCCUGCGAGCUGUGCGGCAAGGCCUUCGGCGCCAGCUCCAACCUCACGGCCCACCGCAAGAUCCACAGCCGCGAGCGGCGCUACGAGUGCGCGGCCUGCGGCAAGGUCUUCGGCGACCACCUGGCCCGCCGGCGCCACAUGAGCGCGCACCUGGCCAAGCCGCGCGUGGAGUGCGGCCAGUGCGGCAAGGCCUUCCGCAACCAGUCCACGCUGCGCACGCACAUGCGCAGCCACACGGGCGAGAAGCCCUACGCGUGCGAGCACUGCGGCAAGGCCUUCAGCAUCGGCUCCAACCUCACGGUGCACCGGCGCAUCCACACGGGCGAGAAGCCCUAUGCCUGCCCGGCCUGCGGCAAGGCCUUCAGCGACCACUCCUCGCUGCGCAGCCACAUCAAGACCCACCGCGGCGAGAAGCUCUACGUGGCCCCCAAGCGGCUGCAGUGAGGCGGCCACUGGCCCAGGGGGAGUGGGGGGGCGGGGGGGGGCCACAGAGAUGCUGGCCAGGCCAGGCACCCCCUCCCCAGGGCUCCCGGGAUCGAACCCGGGUCGGUAGUGGGCAAGGCGGGCACCCACCCUGCAGGGCCCCAGCCCCGGCCUACCGCGCCCCCCACAUCCCAUUGCACACGUAGAAGGACCAGAGACGCGCUCCCCUGCCCUCCAGGGUGAGAUCCAGGGAUCCAUGCCCCGCCCCUCUGAGGCCCAGAAACCUUCCCCCGUCGGGCCCCACCCCGAAGUGGACAGUUUCUUCCCCGGUUGUGGGUCUAAUUUAGGGUCCAGAAGGGGCAAAAGUAAUUUCCGAGGAGACGGCCUGGCUCAGUCCAGGGUGUGGGUCCCACCGCCCUAGACUCCCUCCACUCGUGGGGAGAGGAAACCCAGGUCUGCACAGCGGGAACAAGGGGGAGUGGCAACCCUGGCACGGCCCGAGAGAGAGAGAGAGAGAGAGAGAGAGAGAGAGAGAGAGAGAGAGAGAGAGAGAGAGAGAGAGAGAGAGGGUGUCGGUGUCUGGGAGCCCAAAGCCAGACGGUUCUAGCCCCGCCCGCGGGAACAGUUUAUUUUUGAAGCAAAGUCCGAGAGAAACUGUGGGAUGGAUGGAUGGGUGUGUGUGUCUGUCUGUCUGUCUCGGACAUCCAAAGCCAGACCGUUCUAGCCACCCGCUGCAGAGCCUCAUGCCCUGCGGGUUCCCUGGGGCCAUCCCCCGAGGUGGGUUGAGGGGUCCCUUCCUGGUGUGCGCACACCGGCGGGGAGAGGGAGACGGUGUUCCCGGCUGGUGGUUGGGAGACAGGAUGGCGCUGACACCCAUGGGGAGAGCCUGCCCCCAGCGCCUCUUCUGUGGCUCCCACGAGUCUUCAUGCCCCAGAUGAGCCCGUGGCUCAGGGCACACGUUGGGACUCGCUGCUGACUUGCCUGGCGGCCAGGACGCGCCCCUGGUGGGAGCUGGCUCUGGAGGAUGGCGUGGACUCCGCCUGCCGGGGCGGCGUAAGGCUGGACCUGGCACGGCAUGUCUGUACAUAGCAUUUCCCCACCGCCUCGGCCUGCACCUUCAUCUCCCGCUUGGCCCUGUGGCCUCCUGAGGCCAGAGGGUGUGCUCUUAGCACCCAAGGGUGAUGUGGUACCUGCCGGUGAGGAUUCCAGACCAGGCGACCCCUGAGGACUUAUUCACCCUCUCUCCGGGGCCGCCUUCGCGAAGAAUCUCGUCUUCCAAUGAAGAGGAGCUAGAGUUUUGUCGGCUAGAAAAGGGUGCUGAUUUUUUUUUUUUAACUGUGUGCAUGUGUGGUGCCUGGGAUGGACUCCACAACCUCACACACAAGAGAAGUGCUCAGCCGCCAAGCUAGACCCAGAUCCCAGAUCUCUAUAGAGCAACUGACAAACAGCCCCUCCCCACAGCCUGCAGACACCCCACAGCCCGGCCGAGACAGAAAAGCAGGUGUUUCUGUCCAGCCGUGAAGCAGCUUCGGGGUGGCUGGGGGGAGGAAUCUCUUAUACUACAUGCUUUUUUGCUUGCACCCCUCUGCCCCUGGGAGGAAAUCCAGUCCCUGAUGGUUAAAGAUCCGUCUUAUAAUGCCCCACUCCAAGGACACAAGGGCAAGAGGGGGUGCAGAAAGGCAGUUGCCCCCAACCGUGGCUAGCAGCCAUCCUGAGCAGCUAGCUGCUGCUCCCAGACUUCCGUGAGAAAUAAUAAAAGUCCAUUCCUGCGCUGGC